CCAGAUGAUCUCUGGCGGUUCGACGUGAGAGACUGCCGCGCGCCUCACGGAAUACGUGCCGAUUUCCUUACAUCCGCGACACCCAAAGUUUAAAAAAAAGGAGUGAAACAAACUGUGAUACAAGUGUAGUGCAUCUUUGUGGUUCAGACUAUCAGGAACCAUGAGGAGGUGAAAAUUCAAGGAACAUCGGCAUCGAGGACAUUGAUUUACUAAGAAGAAGACAGUGAUUCACACAAAAGAGCAAAAUGAAGCGUUUACAAAAGUGCUGUUGUUGUGCCUCAACGCGGACGGGUACUCUCAUCACCGCGACUCUUGGAAUCUUCUUGUCCAUUGCGACCAUCAUCACGAUAUGGGUGGCUGACAAGCAUUAUGUUUCCUACAGGACGUUCAUCUUCGCGGAUGACUUUGACAAGAAGCUGGCUGAUAUGGACAUUCCGAGAAUAUUUCUGACAGUCAACUUAUGCUUUACAAUUUUGAUAUGUGGACUUCUCAUCAUUGCAGUAUUGAAGGUUUCGUUUUCGAGACGGUCCUGGCUGAUGCUGCCCUGGGUGGUGCUGGGCAUUGUGCUGGCGAUCGGGUUGCUGAUCAGCAUUCUGCAUACCUCGAUCACGUAUUACCUCGAUGGUCAGGAACACGCUAUUCUGGCUACGCUUAUACUCAUCGGUGGACUUAUUUACUUGUGCAUAUACCUCUACCUCUGGGCAGUUGUAUUCAGCCAUUACUUGGAUAUCCGCGACGAAGAAGAAAGGGGCAGAUAUCGAAAAGCUCCUUACAAACGAUAAAAGCUUCUCUUCCCAGUCAUUAAUGUUAUUAAUAUAUCUAGAACUAAAGAAGUGCCUUUUAUGCAGUGAUUGUAUGUAUAAGGAUAUACCUACCUAGUACCUACCACAUAUUGAGUUUAUUUUUUUCUACGAGCAUCUAGUACCUAAUAAAAAUACAAAACGCAAACUUUAAUGCAGCUAUAUAAUAACUAAAGAAGAAUUGGGCACUAUGGGCACAUGAGUAGAUAUUGUAUAGUCGAGUAAAGUAGGUACCUCA